UUUGUUUUUAUCCCUGGUGUAGGAAGUGGUGGGCGUUCCUCCCGUUUUUUCGCUCACUGUUGAUGCUGACAAGAUUGUUUCUCCUCCACGACAAGCUCUCCCGAUGUUUCUUCCUACGCUCGUGGAGGACAUGCAUCACUUUAAACCCAGUCGAGACAGAUUGUACACCACCAGAUGCUGCGGAUGCUGCCACGUCCGGACGGGGACCAUCAUCCUGGGGACAUGGUACAUGGUUGUCAAUCUGUUGAUGGGCAUCCUGCUGACUGUAGCUGUGACCCACCCAGAGAACGUGCCCACCAUUGACUUGCAGUAUGAGGUCAUCGACCAUUACUUUGCCUCCGACAGGAUGUCUGAGAAUGCCUGUGUUGGAUUUGCCAUCUCUCUGCUGAUGCUCACCAUCAGUGCCAUGAUGGUGUAUGGAGCCAUUACUCAUCGUGACGGCUGGCUCAUCCCGUUUUUCUGCUAUCAGCUGUUUGACUUUGCUCUGAGCUGCUUGGUGGCCAUCAGUUCUCUCACCUACCUACCCAGGAUCAAGGACUACCUGGACCAGCUGCCGGAUUUCCCAUACAAGGAUAACCUCCUCUCUAUGGACUCCAGCUGCCUGCUGCUCUUUGUGCUGGUCUUCUUUGCCUUCCUUAUCAUCCUCAAGUCUUACCUGAUCAACUGUGUGUGGAACUGCUACAAGUACAUCAACAACAGGAACAUGCCAGAGAUUGCUGUCUACCCGGCCUUCGAGACCCCUCCCCAGUACAUCCUGCCCACUUAUGAGAUGGCAAUGAAGAUGCCAGAGAAGGAGCCACCUCCCCCUUACAUGCCUGCUUAAGCACCAGCCCUGUUGCCAAAACACACACAAACACACACACACACACACACACACACAUGCACACACACCACCAUAUGCAUUCCUACCUUUCCUCACUAACUCCUUCUGAACACCUUCCUACUGUGUAUGUGUAAGGCCACUGACAAUGUUUGUCCAACCCUACCCUCUGUAUUUCUACAGAGCGUCUAUAGAGCACCCUGGAGGUGUGAGAGGAGAAAGGUGGGAAAGAAAGAAAUCUGUGAGAAAUAAAUACAUGAAUGUGAUCUUUGAAAAGCAACGGAAGUUACCAGCCUCCCCCUCCCUCCCACCCCUCUGGCCUUUUUAUGUCUUAGUAAAAGGGAUACAUGUGAAAAUUACAUUGCUUGAAAUGCUAUCAUCAAUCCAGCACCAUCCUAUCUAUAGAUUGAUAUAUGAAGUGUAAAAAAACUAUUAUGACAAUCCUCUUAUUAUAGCUUUUAUUGUUGAAUUGUGUUACUUUUUCCCCCCCUAAUAAUUAAUAUCUAGGCUAUUCCAUCUCAGUCUUGAAUGGAAUCUGUAGCACUUUUUCGUCCGUUAUUUAUUUAGCUUUGCUGUGGUUCAGUUCACCACCACCCUUGACAUUUUUGUAACUUUCUGCUGCCCUGAUGUGUUAGCGAAGCAAGUGAAUAGUUUCCCAGUUGAGACUGAGAGACAAGACAGAUCGAGAGAGAGAGAGAGCGGAGGCAUUGAUGAUGGAUGAUUUUCUCUGCUUCUUUUUCACCUGAGGUCUGGAGCAAACAGCGAGUCUUGUGAACAUUAGUAGUCGCAUGCUUAUCAACAACCUCUCCAUUAUUUUAUUGGUAAUAUGAUUUUAUCCUAGUGGAAAUACAUUUGACUUCAAUAAACGUUUCAGAACA